AUGGGCGUUGCAGCAAAUGCUUUUUACUACAUCUUCCAUCCCUCAGAAUUGAGGUCGAUACUUCAAUGGAAGAUAUGGCACAAUCCUGUUCAUGAACGUGAUGAAUCCAACGAGUCAGAAACAGCGAAGACAUGCUUCAAGUUCCUGGACCUGACGAGCCGGAGCUUCAGCGCGGUGAUCAAGGAGCUUCACCCUGAGCUCUUGCUUCCCAUGUGCAUCUUCUACCUGACACUCCGUGGGCUGGACACCAUCGAGGAUGACACCUCGAUUCCUUUGGAGACUAAGGAACCCCUUCUUCGUGGAUUCAAAGACAUCCUCGAGCAGGAUGGCUGGACCUUCACUGGUAACCGGCCUGAAGAGAAGGACCGUGAACUGCUGGUUCAGUUCCACAAUGUCAUCACCGAGUUCAAGAAAUUGAAGCCUGCCUACAAGGCCGUGAUCAAGGAUAUCACGGACAAGAUGGGCAAUGGUAUGGCUGAUUAUUGUCGUAAAGCUGCGCUGGACGAUGCAAGCGUCAAGACGGUCGAGGAAUACGACUUGUAUUGCUGGUAUGUUGCUGGCCUGGUCGGAGAAGGGUCGACUCGCCUCUUUGUUGAGGCCGAGUUCGGUAACCCCGCCUUGCUCAAGCGUACCGAGUUGUAUAGAUCCAUGGGUCUUUUCUUGCAGAAAACCAACAUCAUUCGCGAUGUCCGUGAGGAUUUCGACGACGGUCGACAGUUCUGGCCCAAAGAAAUUUGGUCCAAGCACGUCACCGACUUUGAGGAUCUCUUCAAGCCGGAGAAUCGUGAGGCUGCACUGAACUGCAGCUCCGAGAUGGUCCUCAACGCAUUGGGACAUGCGGAGGAGUGUCUCUUCUACCUUGCUGGUCUGCGCGAGCAGAGUGUCUUCAACUUCUGCGCCAUCCCUCAGUCCAUGGCCAUUGCUACCCUUUCGCUUUGCUUCCGCAACCCGGCGAUUUUUGAACGUAACAUCAAAAUCAAGAAGGGCGAGGCUUGCCAGUUGAUGAUGGAGUCGACGCAGAAUCUGCGGAUCCUCUACGAGGCCUUCCGUAGAUAUGCUCGUCAGAUUCACAAGAAGAACACCCCGAAGGAUCCCAAUUUCCUCGAGAUUGGCAUUGCCUGUGCGAAGAUUGAAAAAUUCAUUGAGAACAUCUUCCCAUCGCAAUCGGCCGAGGAGGCCAACCGGCGUGUCUUGGGCCAAAAGUCUGAAGCCGAACAGGAGAAGGCCAGACUGGAGGCCGAAACCCGCAAAGACGUCCUCUUUAUGAUGGCUCUGAUGGGCGUGAUUGUGGUUUUCGUUUCUAUUGUAAUGAUUGGAUUCGCUUGGUACUUUGGUGCGCGCUUCGAUCUUGCGUGGCAGGAACUCCGCAAGGGAAAUUUCCGCCCACCCAAGCAUCUGCGUGACCGAGAGUUAUAGCCUUGUAUUACUACUACGGAGUUACGACCUUCACUUAAGCUGUUUUGAUAUCCAGAUUCUUACUGACCCUGCAGAUGACUUACGUUUCUGUUUACUUACCACGUCAGUUCUUGCAGAGAUACUUUACCUAAUACCACCCUUUAAUUUCUUCAUCUUUCCAACAUGUUUACCUACGGCUGCUCUCGCCUGUUGGUCUACUCGACCUUCCCUAGCACGGAUGUCAAAUUGCAAUCCAGCCCUUUCAUGACUGUGGUUGUGCCGAAGAAGUGCUGAUAUUGAGUGGAGAUUCAUCUCUUUGACCAGUGACGUACUAGAUGUGUGUCUUGCAACGUUCAGUUUUGCUGAACGCUGAGAUGGCAAACAUCCAUUGAGGAUCUGGGACAUUCUUGUAUUUAUCUAGUUUAGCAUUCUGAAUGUACGCUUCGAUAGGUUGAU